CUAGUAAAAACCACAUUACAUUAGAGCUAAUGAAUUUAGUUUUCAAGAUGCUAGAUGAAUUAUAGAUUAUGCAAACAUGGUAUAACUGUGUUUUAUAAUCGAACACCACAAAGGAUGCGUUAUUUAAACAAUUCAAAAAUAGUUUUUUCUCCUCAACCAUUCGGUGUGGCUAAAUCCAAAUAUCAAUUCAAUAAUCAAUACCCAAAGUUUGAGAGACUAUUUCGAAGCAAAUAAAAAGGGGUCUUAAAUAAACUUAUAGGAAAUGAAUCCCAAAAUGUACUAAAUUAUAAACUAAAAGGACUAUAUUAACAAAUAGAAUAAGAUUGAGAAGUUAUAAAGGUUUGAGCCGACCAACGCAAAUCUUCUCUUUCCCAGCCUCCCCCCCCUGUCUCUUCCCAGUCGCAGGUACUGUAAAAAGAUAAUCUUGGCCAAGUAGCAGCACAGAGGAUGGGAGCAGCGGAGGUUCUAACUGAUCCCUCAAGCCUAUAUGAGUCUAACUAUAUGGGUAAAGGUGAUUUGUCUGACACGGAUAUGGUGAUUACCGUGAGAAACACCCUUGCUUCUGUCCAAAACGGGGAAUCAUACCGUUACGAUGAGCUCGUUAAAACUAUGCAAGCUACCAAAAACUCUGAUCUUGAGGCGCAGCUUGUGACAGCAUUGAAAGCAUUGUCAGCCUCUGUGGCUUACUUAGAUAUCAUUCACCAUGAAAAGCUUCUUUGUUUGGUUUUUAGAAUGUCAUUGUGGGAUCUCAAACCUCAUGUCAUGGAUGCUUUGGUGGCCCUACUCAUAUCACUGGCUGUGACUACAGGAAAGUAUCUGGACCCUUGUCUGAAUAUGCUCGUACGCCACUUUUUGCCACCGGAUUGGGUAGUUAAAAGACUUUCGCAGCACCGUGUAAUGAAACAGAAGAUGGAAGUUCUUUCUCGUGUUCAUGAAGCCCUUCUGAAAAUCUGUAUUUUGUUUCCUCGUGCUCCCUCGAGAAUAUUAGACAUGCUACCCAAAAUAAACAAAAAGGGCCAAGUGGUAGAGAUAUUUGUGGAGAACUUAUUAAAGCUCGAGAACAGUCUAAUGGGACAAGAUGAUGGCAGCAAGAUUUUUAUGAUGGUGAUGGAGAGGCUGCGAGAUAUGGAUUUGGAGAUUGAUUGGGAUUAUAUUCCACAAGAUGACUCAAGUAGAGGCAUGUUUGAUAUGGAACUUGAAGAUGAAGUUGAAGAUAAUAUGAAAGAAGGAGACGAGCUUCCAGUGGGAUCUCUAACAUCGGAUGGAAAUGUAGUUUUUGAGUCUUUGGAUAAAUUGAUGGUCUUAUCUUUUGAUCAUCUUGAAUCCUGUAAACUUGAUGGUCGUUUGGAUCAGGUGUUUGAAAAGCUCUUCGAGGCAUUUGAGAAAUUCAUUCUUGAUAUAGACAAAAUAAAAGUUUCGCAGUUUCUGAUGUUCUAUGCAUGUUCACUGGAUCCUGAGAAUUGUGGUGUGAAAUUUGCGAGUAAGCUGAUGGACAUUUUCCUCUUCAGCAACAAGCCAACUACAAGGAUGAGUGCGAUGGCUUAUCUAGCUAGCUACUUGGCCCGUGGGAAGUUUUUGCCUGUUUCCUAUGUGGCUAGCAUAUUAAAAAGGUUGGUAGAUGAGUGUGCGGAUUACUGUAGAACUUGCAAUGAUGAUAUUAACUCUGAUGCCAAUCAGAUUUUCUACUCCGGAUGCCAGGCGAUCAUGUAUGUGCUCUGCUUCCGGAUGAGAUCCAUCCUAGCUGUUCCUUGCUUUAGGUCUGAGCUUAUACCAUUGGAGUCAAUUUUAAUGCACAAACUAAACCCGUUAAAGGAAUGCCUUCCAUGGGUAGUUGCAGAGUUCCUUAAACAAGCUAAAGCUGGUGGUCUCUUCGUCGUCUCAGACUCCUUCAUUUUCGAUAAGCUACUUGAGUCUAAGAGGCUUGAUGCAUUCUUCCCCUUUGACCCUUGCUUGCUGAAAAGCUCUAACAGCUUUAUCUCCCGGAAUUUCAUCUACUGGUCGAUGGUGAGACCGACCUAUGACAAAGAUGAUGAUGAUGAGGAAGAUGCUGAGAUCAUUGUGAACGGAGAUGAGGAGAGCGGUGAAGAGGAGGAAGAUGAUGUUGAUCAUGUCAUAGACAAGAUGUCCAUAACGCCUAAGCAUUCUUUCAUGAACGAGAUGGAAAGAGAUAGGCUUUUGAAAAUGUCUUCCUUAAUCAGACCUUCCAUUAGUCCUCAAUCCUUUUAAGUUUGUUGGAGAGGGUCUCUAUAUGCAAUUUUGUAGCGAUAUUUAACAGUUAUUCCAAUAGACUUAGAAUUUAUAAUAUAUGGAAACAAUUGUAUUCUAAGAUAACAGUUCAAUAUAUUUGCCUUUGGUUAGAA